CAAAGACCAAAAUCUUUCAGCAAGGCUAUCACAACGCUUUCAAGGCUCUGAGCCCUGCCAAACAACCCUACAAGUUACAGACCGACAAAUACCUGCAUCCACACUAACAGGUACUCUUGAUCGAGACCAUCUGCUACAGCAUCCACAUUUUCAACGCCAGAAAAAAAUCAUUUUGCAGAUAUGGCAACUGCUUCGGUCUUAACCCCCAUCAAGCAGAGACGCGAUGGCGUCUUCGGCGCGCGCCUCGCCGGCGGUUGUGCACCUCUCACACCGUCGCCACAGUCAACACCAAAGACUGCCAACAUCGAGGCUGGCGAGAGCAUCCAUAGCAACAACAUCAACAUCAACCUAAACGCCCGAUUCUCACGUGCCCAGAGCAAGACCAACGUUCGUGAUUCACCAAAAUUCAAUAUUGCCCGUCGUGGACCACAAUCACCACGCAAUCUCCAACAAGUCACAACAAACGACUUUGCCCUCACCGGCACGGGCCCAAACCCAAGUACAAGUACAUCCACAAAGAACACUCCAUCAAGAAUCCACAACGCACGGUCUAGCUCUGUCCACCGAACACCAAAGAGAAAUCAAGGCAAAAUCAGCUACAAGGAUGCCGAUCGCUUCAUUCCAAACCGUGACACUGAAGCUAUCUCCGCCCAAAUCGCAGCAAUCAAGCUUGAUGGCGAGCGAACUCCAGGACGACGCCCCAAGUCGAGCGCCUCUGAUGGGUCGGCACACCUCGCCGGUGUUGCCAGCGCUUUCGACUUCGGCCGUCCACGCUCAUCACACGAUGUCCUCGCAUCACUUUCUCUCGAGGAUCUCAACCUCGAUGACAACGACUCGGACGACGAGAACGAUGACGAACCAACCAAGAAGCAGAGCCCUAGCACCACCGCAUACAAGCAGGCCCUCACUGAGGCCUGCGGUGUUGGCCACAAGACGCGCAUUCUCGCCUUCAAGCCUGCUCCUCCAGAGUCAUCCCGUCCGAUCGACCUCCGAUCUCAAUACAACCGGCCGCUUAAGCCAAUUGCCGCAUCGGCAUCGCAGUUCAAGCGUCGCGUGCUUACUGCACCCGAGCGUGUGCUUGACGCUCCCGGCCUAGUCGACGACUACUACCUCAACCUUCUCGACUGGUCUUCUGGCAACCAAGUCGCCAUCGGUCUCGACAAGAGUGUCUAUGUUUGGUCUGCGGAGACAGGCUCUGUGCAGAGCCUCUUCGACUGCCCUUCUGACACAUACAUCUCAUCGGUCAAAUGGAGCGGCGAUGGUGCCUAUGUCGCCGCCGGUCUCGGUACUGGCGAAGUCCAGAUCUGGGAUGCCGAAGACGGCACCAAGCUCCGAUCGAUGUACGGCCACGACUCUCGCGUCUCAGUCAUGGGAUGGAACAAACAUAUCCUCUCUACUGGCGCACGCAGCGGCCUUGUCUACAACCACGACGUCCGCGUCGCACAGCACAAAAUUGCUGAACUUAUCUCACACACCUCCGAGGUUUGCGGCCUCGAAUGGCGCCCUGACGGCGCCCAGCUCGCCACUGGCGGCAACGACAACAUCGUCACAAUCUGGGAUGCUCGCUCACUCAACGCUCCCAAGUUCCAAAAGACCAACCACAAAGCCGCUGUCAAGGCUCUGGCUUGGUGCCCAUGGCAAAGCAACCUCCUUGCCACUGGCGGUGGAUCUCACGACCGCAACAUCCACUUCUGGAACACCACGUCUGGAGCCCGUGUCAAUAGCAUCGACACCGGCAGCCAAGUCACCUCCCUUCGAUGGAGCACAGCCUACAAGGAGCUUGUCUCCUCCUCUGGCUUCCCAGACAACUCCCUGUCCAUCUGGCAGUACCCAUCUCUCGUCAAGAACAUCGAGAUCCCAGCUCACGAGUCGCGGGUUCUGCACUCAGCCCUCUCACCAGAUGGUCAGAUGCUCGCUACCGCUGCUGCGGACGAGUCACUCAAAUUUUGGAAGGUCUUUGAGAAGAAGCCAGGUUCGGGCAACCUCGUUGGCGCUGGCAGUGCUAACGUCAAGGCCUCUCUGACCAAGGCAACCACUAUCAGGUAGAGAAGCACAGCUGUUGAUAAUCACAUUCAUACAUCGAUGUGAGAUAUCGUCUGUGGCGCCUACCGUGGUUAGCAAAUGAAAGUUGUGUUGCGAUCUUUGCAGAUCGCAGUCGUCACAACGGAGUUCGGUGGAAAAUGGAGUUGUGCUGCGAUCUCUGCAGAUCGCAGUCGCAACAUGUUUUGGUAUGGCAAUGGGGGGGGUUUUUUUGUUUGCACAUUUGCGCUCCGCGACAAGUUCUUACCGCGUAGAAGCAGCCUGAUGGAAUGAGGAUUGGUGUUCUGCAUAAUAGCGCUCCGCGACAAGUUCUCUCGCGUUGAAGCAGCUUCAUGGUAUUUUGGAUGGUGGACUUUCAGCGCUCCGCGAUCGUCUCUUCCGCGUUGUAGCAGCUUAAUUGGAUGUGCAGCGGCACUUGGGUUUGAGCUGUGGUCUUUACAAACAGCAGCAUGGACUGUGAUGGCAUUCAAUGAAACGAUGUGCAA